AUGAUAUCGACCAUUGCUAUUAUUGUAAUACUGCUUUAUCUCCUCACUUCUUGGGUGGGGUUGCCCAUUUGCCGCUACUUCCAUGACCCAAAGGGCCUUCGCAAGUUUCAAAACUAUUCCGCAUUUUCCGGGAUUACAGAUAUUCCCUACUGCUACCUGAGCGCCUGUGGUUUUCGAUCCAGAGACCUCACAGAGGCCCAUAAAGAUUCGGCCAUCCUACGCAUCGGUCCCAACAAUCUAUCUUUCGGAGACAUCGGUGCCGUCCGUGACAUAUAUGGACAUGGAACGACCUGUGUGAAAGAUCUCAAAUAUUCAAUUACUGGCGGGCCUCACCCCAAUUUGUUCGACGUGGUCAACAAAGCAGACCAUAGCACAAAGAGGAAGCGGCUCUCGGCUGCAUUCGCUAUCAAGAAUCUGGUGCAGUGGGAAUUCAAAGUCGUGCGUACAACAGAGCGUCUCUUUGCUGCUUUCGACAAGCUUUGCACGAAGCCCUUGCCGCUAAACUGUGUUCCGGACCCGUCCGAAUUGACUGUGAAUUUCAAUCAUUGGGCCAAUCUCUUUACAAUUGAGGCUAUAAACAACAUCGCCCUCUCUUCGACACUGGGUCUCUUGGAGCAGGGCGAUGAUAUUGUGACUGCACAGCGAAUGGAUGGUACAACGUACCAGGCGCGGUACCGCAAGGCCCAAAACCAAAGCGCAUUCGCGACAUCGCAUUUUGUGUGGGACUACAACAACUUCGAAAUUUUCAGCACUCUGUCCAAGAUUUUUCCCAAAUGGAAAAAGGUCUGGAAGGAUGCCGAGCCGUGGAAAGACGUCAUCUAUCACCAGGCCGUCACUCGCAUGAAUCGGUACAACAACGGAGAUGAACUCGAUGACUUCUUCUCCGCAUUGAUGGACGACAAAACUGGUCAGCCGCAUAAUCUGGAAUGGGGCGAGAUUGUUGGCGAGAUUGGCGCCAUCAUCGAUGCCGGUGCUGAUACCACCGCUAUUGCCCUGACUCAAAUUAUCUAUCUUCUCAUUCGCCACCCAGACCACCUGAAGACUCUAAGACAGGAAGUUGACAGUGUCCUCGACGAAAAUGAAACCAUUGCCCCGUAUGACACUGUCCGACAUCUCCCAUUCCUCCGGGCUUGCAUCGAUGAGGCCAUGAGGGUAAUCCCUCCAACCUCAGCCGGACUUCCACGCCGAACACCGCCAGAGGGAGCUAUGAUCCUGGGGAAUUGGAUCCCAGGUGACACGAGCGUUUCUAUGACAAUUUACGGGGCACACCAUGAUCCUACUGUUUUUCCAAAUCCGGAUGAAUUCCAACCCCAUCGUUGGAUGAAGGCUGAGGAGAGGAAGAGGAUGGAACCAUACUUCAUCCCGUUCUCAACGGGUGGAAGGGGCUGCAUUGGGCGGAAUAUCUCUUAUCUCGAGCAGACUAUCAUGCUGGCCUCAUUGGUGCAUAGAUAUGAGUUUGCAUUGCCGGGGCCUGAAUGGGAGUUGACGCGACAUGAGGCCUUUAACCUUUUGAUGGGAGAGAUGCCUAUCAAACUUUGGCGGAGGGACAUCCCUGUCAGGAACUAG